ACGAAGCUGGAGAGGCUCAGAGGAGAACGCUUCGGCGAGCAGCCGGAGCACCACCGCGCACCUCACUCCGGCGGUGCCUUUGCUCGCUACUCCGACGACCACGUCGCUUCCCAUGACAGGAGCUUCGAUCAUCACAGGGCCGGUUUCUCCGGCGACGGCCACCACCACCACAACCACAAUCACCAUUUCAACGGUGAACCGAAUGACUCGUAUGGCGGUGGUGGAUUCCGGACAAUUGGCGGUGGCGGGCACGGUCCCGAUCACUUCGGGCCCUUUUCUGGCAGGAAGAGAUGGUUGAAUAACUCCGGUCAUGAUUACAAUGAGGGUGUCGCCUUUGUGAAACUUUAUGUUGGAUGCGUUCCAAGAACUGUAACAGAAGAAGAUAUUCGCUCCUUGUUUGAAGAACAUGGAAAGAUUGUCGAGGUUGUUUUACUCAAGGAUAAGAGAACUGGCCAACAACAAGAAUGCUGUUUUGUAAAAUAUGCAACCAUGGACGAAGCUGACAGAGCUAUUAAAGCUUUAAAUAACCAACGAACUUUGCCUGGGGGAGUGGCAGCCAUCAAAGUUAGAUAUGCUGAUGGGGAACGGGAGCGCCUUGCUAAUUGCCCUACACUUGCAAAAGCAGGGCUAGCAGGGCCAGCAGGGCCAGCAGGACCAGCAGGACCAGCAGGACCAGCAGGACCGGCAGGACCGGCAGGACCAGCAGGACCGGCAGGACCAGCAGGACCGGCAGGACCAGCAGGACCGGCAGGACCGGCCGGGCCGGCAAGGCCAGCAGGGCCAUUUGAGGACAAACUCUAUGUUGGUUAUCUGAACAAGCAAGCUUCAAAAAGGGAAAUUGAGGAAAUAUUUUCCCCUUAUGGCAUCGUUGAAGAUAUCUUCAUUGUACGGGACGACAUGAAGCAGAGUCGUGGUUGUGGAUUUGUUAAGCUUUCUAAUAGAGAUAUGGCAGUGGCAGCAAUCAAUGCUCUAAAUGGAAAUUACGUGAUGAGGGGUUGUGAUCAGCCACUAAUUGUCCGUUUUGCGGAUCCUAAGAAGCCUAGGAUUGGAGAAUCAAGAGGCCAUGUUGCAUUUGGUGGCCCAAAGUUUGGUCCCCGCUCUCAAGAACCACUCGGUUGGCCUGCACCUAAUGUUGGUGAUCCCAUGUGGAGGCAAUUCUUGCCUAAUCCUCUGUAUCCAGCCAGUCCAAACAGCACAGCAUCAUCAUGCCAAAGUUCAAACGUGUUGUGGUCUGCUUCCCUUUUGGUGUCCCAAAUAUCACUAUUACAAGAGCCACUUCAAUCAACUCUGCACUUUUCAACUUCUCUGAAUUUGCAAGUUAUGCAAAGCAACUCCAGUGCUUCAGUACAACCAAUACCAGCUCAUUCACAACCACAAGUUGUUUCCCAAACAGCAAACCAGCAGCCUAAUGUUCCUAGCGCUGUGCAGCAACCGCUUCAUACGUGGCAGCAGUCACCUUCACAGGAGUUACAACAGGCACAUACUCUACAGAAAGGCUCUCAGUCAUUGAAAGAAGCAGUCUCUGAGAUACAGAAACAGUUGCAUCUGGCUCCACCUCCAACCCAAAACUUGGAGCAGCAGCAGAAUUCCCAUGUUACUACACAGCAGACUGGAAGCAAUCCUCAGACAGUUGCAAGCACCGGUACCCUACCACCAGCAGUUUUGCCUUCAAUUGUAUCUUCUUCUCCUGCAGUUUGUGCAAGUUCUGAAACAGCAGAUCUUCUAGAAUGUGAUUGGAGUGAACAUAUCUGCCCAGAUGGAUUCAAGUAUUAUUACAAUUGUGAAACUUGCGAAAGCAGGUGGGAGAAGCCUGAGGAGUAUAUCUUAUUUCUACAACAGUUACCAAAGCACCAACAACUCCAAAAUCCUUCUGGUCAACAGUGUCAAUCUCCAUGCCACUCACAGGUUCUCUCUACCCAACAAAAUUUUCAAACACGGAUUGUGCCGCUUCAAACAGAGCUCUCCCAUCAGAAAUUGCAUUCACCUUCCUCAUCUUCGCCAGCUGGGUCUUUGUCAUGUGCUAGUAUAGCUAGCAACAAAUCUAGCCACUGCCCAACUGUGUGUCCAACAGGAAGUUGUAGCAGUGAAGGUAUCCGAAGCUGCAUUCCAGCAAAUGUAUAGCGGAAGAAGCUUGGAAAAGCAUGCCUUGUAUAUUAGUUUCAGGGAUAGGAAAGCUGUGAUUGAACGUCCCCAGAGACAUGUAAUGGAAUUGUUACUAAGGUGGAGUUGCCUUCCUCAUUUUUCUGAGGUUAAUUCUAAUACAAUUAUAGUGUUUUUUUUUUUCCAUAAAUUAUAUAGAAACAAUUCCUUGUUGGAAAGGGUUGACUCA